GUUUGAAACCAUAACAUGGCGACAUACAAGUUCAAAAUAUUUGACGCAUUACUUCUCUAACUUUAUUAAACUUAUUGAUUUAUCUAAAAUAUUCGUUAUUUUCCGGACCAUAUUUACAAAUUAAUUUAAACUAGCAGAUCAAAAUGUCUAAAGCAACUAAACGCAAACACGUUGUCAAAGAAGUCGAAGAUUUGAGUACUCCUACCGAUUCGCAAUCCAUUGUACGAAUAAUUGAAUCGCGCGGUAAUAAUCUUCACGAAGUCAUAGAUUUCAUUGGAGACCAAUAUCUCGUAUCUAUGCCAACGAAGUUUAGAAGAAACAUUUGGGUGAAACGAGGAGAUUUCGUACUAGUAGAGCCAAUAGCAGAAGGGGAUAAAGUGAAGGCAGAGAUCGUUAAAAUAUUGACACGAGAACAUCAAAAAUUCUAUCGCGCGCAGGGCUGUUGGCCAAAAGAAUUCGACAUAAUUCCGAAAUCAAAUGAAGGAAUAACAAACAAGCAUGGAGAAGAAAAUGAUAACGAAGAAGCGGAUCUUUUUGUAAAUACAAAUAGAUUAUUACUUAAUUCUGGUAGACUAGAUAACACCAGUGAAACAAGUUCUGACGAAACUGAUUCUAGUUAAUGUUUCUUUUGCUUUAUUAGAAAUAAUCAAUUUAUUUGUACAAUAAACUGUACAGCAAAAGAUGGAAUAAAUAUUUUAUUAUUUUUCA